UUCAGCAGCUUUCGUUGUUGACUUCAAUACUCUUUGAUGUUUUCUUCUUUGAUAUGAUUUUGUGGAAACUUUGGUGAUGGACACGAAUAUAAACGUUGGUGACAGUCGAAAUGGAGUGGUGGAGCCUUCAGAUUCGGGCAAUUAUACUUGGCAUUGUCUCGGUCGUAUGCCGAUGCGAAACGCAUCACAAGACCAAAGCGGCAACUGAAAAACAGCACGACCUCUGGUGUUAUCGCUGCGACACCAUGCUGGACGGAGAAAGGUGCAUGGACCUAGGGGAGAACUACACCGCCAUCCAUCACAAGUGUACCAAGGAGCAGAAGAAGUGUCAGGUGAGGAGGAUCUCCAUGUCGACUAGCACUGACGAGAUAACAGGCAAACCGAAACUGUGGCUGCUGCAAAGGAACUGUUCCGAAAUGUGCGAACCUGGUUGCAUAGUCAUAGGGGAACGAACUAAACUCCACUCGUGUAUAACUUGCUGCGACGAACAUAAUUACUGUAACGCCGGCAGCGGUUCGGAUAAAAUACGUUUCGCUUUGGUUGAUUUCCUCAGAGGUCUAAUUGCGUUGAUUUGAUAGUGUGGUUAGAAACUGUUUUGCGGUAAUGACUCGAGGGUGUUUCGCCAAAAAUGACUGUCAGCAGGUGCUUCCCGAAGAAUCGAUUCAGUAUUAUCGUUAUCAAAUGGCCUCUUUCAAGUACAGUCGGGACAAUGAAAGAAUACAUUGAGUCUAAGAUCCGAGAAGUUCUCGCUUUCGCUCAUCUCUUUACCAGAUGAAAAAUAUCGUUUAUUGAAUUCCAUGUACAGGAAAAUACAGCCCGAUUGUAUUCUACAGGUCGAAAAUUUCGAUAUCUGCACUUGUUUCGUAAUUAUAAAAAUAAAAUUACGACUUUCCAAAACCGCCGUUAUUUCUUGCAUUACUGAAGCUACAAAAAAUUGAAUUCAUUCAAUUGCAUCAAGUAGGUUUCGAAAAAUCUACGGAAAAUACAGUAUUUACCAGUUUCACUUCGAUAAAACUCAUUUUCCCGAAAAGACAAAGUGACAAACGUGAUAAAAAAAAAAUUGACUUUGAAGUAACCGAAGAAACCGUGAAUUUGAGUCCGCUCCGUGCUUUUUCAGCCCUUAUCAAUAAUUUUUUUUAAUAUUUCAGUGACAAAAAAAUUUUAUCAAACUUUAUUCGUUGUUGUUGCUGGAAUAUGAUAUUGCAUUGACGAAUAGUGAAAAAUAUGAAAAAUAAAUUUGCCUCACGUGAAAGACAUGGAUCUGGUAUUUUUACCAGAACAUAUGGAGGGCGCCUCUCCGGAAUAUUUUCAACCACUAUUCAGACUCUCACCCCGGAGUGUGUUUGUGAAGUUCCUUCUAGACAUUGUCUACAGGUGGCGCAGUGCUAUAUCCUACUGAAUCAACUGCAGGCAGAACUAACGACUAGUUGGACUUGAUUUUGUUUGUUCGGAACAUUCAAACGGUUCACUCCUUCUGGAAUGACUCACCAGACACUGAUGAGGAACUAGUACUCCGAAACAGGUUUGUCGGUAGUCAUCCCACCAGGUGGUCAUCCCACCAAAUGAAGGUAGUUUCAAUUUCUCAUAUAGUACUGGGUUUCAAGUUCAGCUACAGAAGCAGAGUAGGUACAUAAAUAUGGUAGGUGCGAUCACAUGUAGGAUACAUAUAUUAUAUGCAGUCAUUGUUCACUGUGGUUCUGGCGUUAAAUCUGGUCAUUAUUACACCUUGACCAAAGACGAAACGGACUGGUUUAAGUUUGACGAUAGUCAUGUCACUAAGUGUUCUGGCUAUGAAUUGAAUUAAUUGAAGCCUCUGGAGACACCCUACAUUUCAUUUUAUGUGGUGCUGCAGGUUUUUCCGGGUUUUCCUGCAGAUGAAAAAGCAAAUGCGCCACUAGAAUCAAUGAAAUCGUCCCGGAGCGCCAAUCAAUUUUUGUUGCUGUUUUAUAACUUCAUGUUUUGUAUUUUGGAAGUUUAAUCUUCCAAAUAAUCAGAAGAAUAUAAAAUUAAAUAUCUUGAUUGAAAAAACUGGUCACAAAUAACUACGUUUGAUACUCGUCACAUUUAACAUUAUAAUAAAUCUAAAUUGACGAAUCAAUUAAAAACAAUUGUUACAGUGGAAUUAAUCAAGGCGUCAGUUGAAAGUAACCAUUUUACUGAUGUUUCAAACUUGAACAAAUUCCUCAAAUUUCUUAUACCAGUUGGUAAGUGAUUAUACUUUUUUCACUCUCACAUUAGUCACACGCCAUUUAUUUGUCGAGUGUUAUCAAGUCUGUCAAAAAAGUGUACGAUACAAACAGUUGGUCAAUUUUUUUUUUAAUAACGACAGGAAAGUCAAAUUUCAUUCAGGAAAUCACUGUAAAUAUGCCAUUAUCCAAAAAAAAUUCCAUAAUUUUAUUACUUCUGGGUGGAAUCAAGAAUUGCUAUGAAAUAUGAAAAAUAUGAAAUAUAGGCUUUUUUGUCAGUGGCUGAAUGAAAAAUAUGUUUAAUCUGGUAGAUUCGGAUCCUGUAGUCAUCAAUUUAUGCAUCCGAUUUUAGGCGACAAACUAAACUCUUAAUGAAAACUUGCACUUAUUUUUGAAAUCCACUGAAAUAUAUUUAAUCUCAUGUUGCAAUUUUGGGUGUUUCAUUUUUCAACUCCGAUAUCUGACAAUAUGAAUAUUCCGGUAUGCGGGAUGUUAGACAAAACUAUUUCCAAUUUGAGGUUAUAAUUUAUAAUUACUUUAUAGAACAUACUUAUCGUGAAAUAGGAAAUGCCCACUGUUUGUUAGUUUUGAAAACAACUAUUUAUGUAGUAUGAAAGAAUCAGAACCAUAGAAACUUUUCAAAAAUCAACAUUUAAACAAUGUGAACUGUAUGUAAGCUGUCAAAUUAUGGUCAAUAAUUGGUCAGAAGAUUCAAAAAUUGUCGACGAUUCACGUUUGUAAAGCUUGUUUUUUCGAUAUACUGGAUGUUAGCCAUCAUCCAAACAAGAGUUCUCAUUGAUCAAGCGCAAACGUCAACUAUUAUUAAUAAUGAUAUUUCAUACAGUAAGUAUGUGUUUCAUCGCGUAUUUUAUUGAUGACGCAUAUGUAUUCUUUUAUUCUCCCAUAUAUGGUAACAAAUGUGCAUUCAGAUACCCUGAAUAUAUUUUCCUGAUCUUCCAGAUAUAUAUCAAUCUCAAUUAAUGUAUGUA